AUGUCUAACUAUGAUCGAAAUUUUUGGCCUUUAGAAGUAUUUUCUAAAUAGGCUGAUGAAGCUAUCAAAUCAUUAGUAGAAGAGCUCGGCCUCAAAAAAUGAACUAAAAUUGCUCGAAUUCUUGAAGAAAAGAACGUCAUCGAAGGAAGGUAAAAUUUAUCUAGAACAGGGAAACAAUGCAGAGAGAGAUGAUUUAACCAUCUAGACCCCAACAUUAAAAAUGAAGGCUGAUCUCUUGAAGAAGAAAAAACCUUAUUUGAAUGCCAACAAAAAUACGGGAACUGCUGGUCUAAGAUGGUAAAACACUUGCCUGGGCGAACAGACAAUGCAAUCAAAAAUUAUUUUUACAGUACACUACGUAGAAAUCUACGAAGAUAUAACAAAAGAGUGCCUGAAAAUGAGCAGCUGCAUGGAAGUAUUCAAGAGUUGAUAAAAGAUCCAGAAAUUUUGAAAGUAUUGAGUGUGCAUUCUGAAAGAAAAAGAACAAAAGAAGAAAAAGAAUUGGACAGAUUGAUGAGAGAAGAGGGUCUAAAAAGAGCAAGUUUAUUGAAAAGAGCUGAUAUACCUAGAAUCAAUAAAAUUGUCUCAAACAAAUUAACUGAUAUUUUAUUUAGUAUGAUAACCGUAAUAUUUAUAUUCACUAUAGCUGGGUAUAGCUUGAAAAGGUCUGAUAGCUUAAAGCGAUCUGAAAGCUUGAAACGUACAGACUCUAUAAAAACAGAAGAUAGCCCUAUUUCAGCAGAUAGCUUAAGAAGCGAAAAUAGCCUAAAAAGAGAAGAUAGUUUAAAAAAGUUAAAUAGCUCAAAGAGCUUGAAAAAAUCAGAUAGCCUGAAGAAAUCAGAUGACUUAAAAAAGUCUGACAGCUUUAAGAGAUAUAAAAAAUCGGCCAUUGAAUCAGAAAAAGACUCUCCAAAAAGCAGCGAAACUAGCAGCAAAGUCAUUUUCGAAGACACAAUUAACGCAAUACGAAGGCCUUCAAUUGUUUUAUGUGCGCCGGUUACACGAUCUCAUAAAAAAAAAAUUGAGGAGCAGCAAGAAAUUGAAUCAGCAAGUCUGCUGCAUAGCAUAUCUCAGCCAAUACCCAGCAGUCAAUUUGAUAUAGCAAAACCAAAUGAACCUCCAAAAAAUUUUUUGCCAAUAAAAGAUUCUCCAGGGGCUUUUGUACCAAAUUAUUUCGAUCCGUUUGAUCCUCAAAAUCAGCCACCUUUUAAUAGUGAGGAAUUAGGAUACCACAAAUUAGAUUCAGCAAGCAGUUUUGGGAGAGGGGAUCCUUUAUCAUUCUUAAACCAAGAUGGCCCUUUUUCUCCAGCUUUUCCUCUUCCGUCAAGAGAUGGGCCUGAGCCUGAAGGAUUUAGAUUUACAAAAUUACCAUCUCUUGGUGAUGGUUAAAGAAAUAGAUGGUGAUUUUGACUGAGUAAAUUAGAAUGCGUGGUGAAUCAACUUGUUCUCUUAAUUUUUUAGCCAUUAGACUCAUUAGGAAAGAUGGAACCUUGUGGAAGGGAGGAAAAGUUCGGAAAUAUUUUUUACUUGGUUUAGCGGAGAACAAUCUAGUGUUUGGCCUACCGCAUGCUCACAUCCAAGUCAAGGUUUUACCUCGUGAGAAGAUGGUUCUCUGAGUUGGAGAGAUAACGCCCUGCAAGACCAGAGGACGAUACAGGCAUUGCGACCUGGGCACCGGUUCCAUUUUGGUCGAGAACUCGACCAGAAAAUUCGAUUUUUCGAAUUUUAGUAAAGGGCGAGCUCUGUUGACGCAUGGCAUGAUGGCCCAGCGUCUCUUACUCUCGGGUAGUAAGUACAAGCCCUCGUCUGUAAGAAGCAAGACAGUGGAAGGCAGUAUUCGGACUGGCAAGCAAGUAUGCAGAGGCGAGCAAAGGCCUGCAGGGGACUUCUCUAUAAGUAAUUCAAGUUUAAGAUGAUGUUGACUGAAAUUGAUCUCCGAAGCGCUCCCUAUGGAACAAUUAGGGCCCAUCCUAAUGCUGAUAUGGGAGCCUGCUUAACUUUUCAAGUAGGCCUUUGGGUCUGGAGAUAUCUAGCUAAAGAGGUAGCUUUAUUUCUCUCCUGAAGGUUUUUCUGUUCCUGCCAGAUGAGCUAGACAGAUUUUACAUCUCACAUAUUCUUUGCCUAUAAGGAAUAUCAAAACAUCCAACAGAGGUUGGCUCUAACCCAUGGAGCUAAUAUCGUUAGUUGCUUGCUUUUGAGCAUUGCAACCUGCAUGUUGAAUCUUUUCACACCUGGAAAAGAUUCCACAUGUAGGUUGCAAUGUUCAAAAAACAUGCAACUAACGAUAUUUAUUUUAGCUGAUUCUCUUCAAAAAAUUAAAAAUUGAGUUUAUAUGAGGCCGUGCACCAUUUGCACUAUGGUGUAUAUGCCAGCCCAAACCACCUUUCCUGGAGUUAAGGUAGUCCUGUUAGUGUUUAGGCCGGCUAGGCUUCUUAAUUCUUAACCCUAAUCUUGGAGAUGAUUAUAUGUUUCAACCUGAAAAUUACAAAUAUAUGAAAGCUUCCUCAAUUGGAGAGGAAAGCAAUUUCAACCCUGAGAAUUUUAAAUUGAUGAAAAUCCCUUCGAUUGGGGAAGAAAGCAACUUCCAGCCAGAUUUUAAAUUCGCAAAGUUGCCUUCCUUAAGCGCUGAAGACUGUACGCUGCCACCAUUUCAGCCAAAUGAUGGUUUUCAGCACAUUGAUGGGUUCCAGUUCAUGAACCAGAAUUAA